AUGCUAUCCAUCGCGGACCUCGAGCGAGAAGCCACAACAAAGCUCCCCAAACCAUACGCCGAAUUCUUCAACGACGGCGCCACCGACACGACCACCGCUACCGGGAUCCGUCCGCGCGUGCUGGUGAAGAUCCCCGAAAUUGACACCUCCGCCGUGCUCUUCGGCGCCAAGCUCACCGCUCCGCUGGGAUUCGCGCCGACCGCUCUACACAGGCUCGCACAUCUGGACGGCAAGAUCGCCACGUCCCGUGCAGCUGCACGUAUGGGAGUUGCGAUGGCGGUCUCGAGUUACGCGUCCACCACGCUGGAGGAUAUCGUUGCUCAGGGGACUGGGGAGAAUCCGUAUGCGAUUCAGGUGGGGAUUACGAAGGAGAGGGGGUAUACAGUGCAGAUUAUCAAGAGGGCCGAAGCCGCCGGCUACAAGGCCAUCUUCCUGACUGUCGACUACCCCAUCCUCGGAAUUCGGUACAACGAGCUGCGCAACGAGCUCGCUCUUCCCGUGGGGAUCACGUACCCUAACCUGUCUGAUAAACCAUUGGGCGACGGGUUCCCUGAUCUAGUGUACGAUAGCAACAUAUCCUGGCCCGACGCAAUCAGCUGGCUCCGCUCGCUCACCACCAUGGAGAUCUGGGUGAAAGGCUUCUACACCCCGGAAGACGUGAUUCUCGCGAUCCAACAACAAGUGGACGGGAUCAUCGUGCCGAUCGCGAUCGACGGGGGUAUCCGACGGGGAUCGGAUAUAUUCAAGGCGCUGGCGCUGGGAGCGCAGUAUUGCUUUUUGGGCCGGGUGCCGAUAUGGGGGGUAGCUUAUGCAGGCCAGGAGGGGGUGGAGCUGGCGGUGCAGAUUCUGCUGCAUGAGUUGCGGGUGACGAUGGCGUUGGCGGGGUGUAAUGAUAUCAACGAGAUCUCACGCACACACCUGGCUGUCGAUGAUUCAAUUAGGGUGCUUUGUAGACUCUAGUCUCAGCCCUAGCUG